AUUUUCAAACAAUGUAUCGUAAGAUCACUUAUAUUAAGACGUGUCAUGAUAAUGUUUUUUGUUCGGACGAAAUUAGUAUCAGCAAAGAAUAAUAGUUUCAAAUCCGUCGCAAAUUACUGCCUAAUUCAAAUUUUAUUGAUUGUGUCGAAUUUAAAUGUUAAAUUUAUUUCCUGAAAGUUGCACGUUCUAAGAUAUAUCAUCAAAAACUUUUGAAAAUUAUAAUUGCAAUAUAUUCAAUUAUUUAGCUGUAAUAUUAGUUUUACACUACGUUAUUUAUAGAUGAAUAACUUAAUAACUUUUUUUUUUACUUAUUAGUUGUUAUAAACGUUUAUAUUAUUUAUAUUGUAACAAGUAAUAGUAGAAGUAUUUGCACUUCAUAACCUCACUUUCCUUGUACUUUCUACCAUCCAAAUUGCAAUAGACAAUAUUUAAUUUUAUACCUUUAACUGCAUAUCUGAACUUUUAUUUUCCAAAAACACAGUGGAACACUUUUUUACUUCUGAUGAAAUUGAGAACAAAAACUCACAUGAUAAAUUCCAAGUAAAUGUAUUAUUCAAUAAACCAAUGUCGCCAAUUACUGCAGACACCGGGAUUUUCAAAGUCUUUAAACAUAAAUAAAUUAUCUAUCUUGAGUUAUCUGCGUGAACCGUCUAUAGAACAUAUUUUAAAUUGCAAAUUGGAUUUUCCACGGAAGACGAAAAAUUUAAAAUAAGUGAUCCAAUCAGCUGAACUAAAACCAAAUGUUUGUAAAUAUUUUCCUAAAAUUGCAGUUGAAACUGUACCCUAGUAACAAAGUUCUUUUAUGAAUCGAUCAGCUGAUUUUCAUCUACGUAUUCUUUUCAUCAAAAUAUAUUGCGUUUUGCAUUGUAUUUUUAAUAUUUAAUUUCUCCUUCCUAUAAUCCCAAAGUCUGAUUAGGUUGUAAGCUAUCUUUUAAACUUAUUAAGUAAAUCCUAUUAGUUUCUCCAUAUAAUUCAUUUAUAUUCCCACUAUGAACGAAGAACGACUUUCAAUAUCUGCUCAAGGUGGGUAUAAAUAUGAGGAUGGUACUGCUUACGUAGGUACGUGGAAUAGUAAAGGUCAAAAACAAGGAGAAGGUCAUUUGCAGCUACCAGAUGGUACGCGAUAUGACGGGAUGUUUGAAAAGGGUUUAUUCCAUGGUAUUGGGGUGCUUUCGUUUCCCGAUGGAGCAAAAUUUGAAGGAGAAUUUUUUGACGGUUGGUUUCACGGUUACGGUAUAUUCUGGAGGGCGGAUGGUAUGAAGCACGAGGGUGAAUUCCGCGGUGGAAAAAUCUGGGGAUUAGGUUUAACAACUUUUUCGGAUAACAGUCAUGGUUUUCCCAGAAACGAAGGCUUUUUCCACGAUUGUCAAAUGAAAACAUGUUCGAGAUGCCCUCAAGUUAUCAAGAAAGCUCAGAGAGUCGCUUUUAUGGCCAGAAAUAAAUAUAUCACUAAAUUAAAGGUUUAAAAUACAUAAUUGUUCGUUUUUGUUUCCUUUUUAUACAGGUCGAGUCACGAUAAACUUUAACAUUUUUGGAGUAGAUAUUUUCCCACAAAAAAGUAGAAAAGUGUGCGCAGGUCUAUGGUGUAUGUUAAAUACACAGUUCACU